AUGGAGCAGCAGCAGCAAGAGCACAUCGACUCCCUCCUAGAGCGCUACCUCUCCCUCCUGGACGAAUACACCCGUCUGCGACAAGACCUGUCCAAGCUCCAGUCGGGCGUAUACCAAAACAUUGCCCGGGCAAACUUCGCCGGCGAGCGGGGCAUGAGAUAUGGCCAGGACUAUUACGACGAGCGGAUGCGCGCGACAAGGGUGCUGCGCAUUGACGAGGCUGGGGGAGACGAGGCCGUGCCUAGGUUCAUGAUUAAGCAUUUGAUGGCUUCUUCUUCUGGUGCUGCUGCUGCUGAUGAUGAGGAGGAGGGGGCAAAGGAGGAUGAGAAGUCUGAGAGCAAGCCUGAAGGAGGAGACGCAGAGGGCACCACUGCUCAAUCAAACUCCGGAACCACUCCUGAGACCAACCAGACAGCUGAGGACCAGAACCAGAAUGGAGAAGAGCAGGAAAAGGAAAAGCCAAAGAUGAAAAAGACGAGCAGCGACCCUCUGCGCUGGUACGGCCUGCUGGCGCCUCUACCCCUUCGAACCGCCCAGACGCUCUCCAUCCAAGCCGUGGAGCAGGUCAUCCCGCGCCUCGUCUCAGUGAAUGCCGAGAUGGAGCACGUCGAAAUUGAGAUUCGGAGGGCGCGGAAGAAGAGGGCAAAGGCGGCUGCGGUGGCGGACAAGGAGGCUUUGGGAAUGGAGGCUGUUGAGGCGAGGUGA